CUCGAUAUAGUGUCUUCAUAAUGUUUCUUUGGAUGACCGCUUUUUUCGUAUGACAAUCAAGCUUUAAAAUCAUUAUGGAUGCUAAUGAUAAUAAUAGAUAUGAUUGGGUUCAGCUAGUUGAUCCCAAAUCACAGCAAUUAAUGUAUAUCAAUCUAAAAUCUGGCGAAUGCAGCCGAGAUCCUCCGGAAAAUUCAAAAUAUAAAACAGUUUCACCUAAUCAAUGGUGGGAAUUGUUUGAUAUAAAAGCCCAAAGAAAUUACUAUUAUAAUAGUAGCACCCGAGAAACUGUUUGGCAGAAACCAAUCGAUGGUGAUAUUAUUCCUUUAACAAAAAUUCAGUUUCUGCAACAGAAUCUUCAACCAUCAUCGCUCAUGUUUCAAAAAGAUGACAAUGGAAUACUUCGACAUUCAAAUAAUAAUAAUAAUCAUAUGAAUACUGAAUAUCAAGAAGAACGCUUGUCAACAUCCUUAAACCAAAGAAAAUAUACAGGUUCAUUACUUACUACUGAAAUACCAGAUUAUUCAUACAAUAACAUCGUUGCACAACAAAAUAAUAAUAGCAAUAAAUUCAGUCAUCAUCCUGUGCCGAUCUCAACAAACACUAAUCAUGAUCGUUCAAUUCUAAUUAAUGAAUCUAUGAAUAGUAUUCACUCACCUUUAUUAUUAUUAUCAUCAUCCAGAACAACAGCAAUGACUGACAUUCCUAACAUAUCAAAUACAAAUCAUGUUAACAUUGACAAUCAACGUGUUCGUGAUUGGUUACGUGAUGCUAUUGUUACUACAACUAAUGAAAUGAAAUCCACUAUUUUUCAUAACAAUACUGUGACUGCUACAACAACAACAACAACUAAUAAUAAUAAUAAUAAUAAUAAUAAUCAUACCAAUGAACUCAUCAUUGAUAAUGGUAACAGUAACAUUAAGAAACCCAGUUGUUUAUCUGAUCGUCCUAUCCGAAGACAUAAUAUUCAGUCAUCACAACUUCAAGGAUUAAUAGAGUUCCCUGCUUCAUCGGGAGAUCAGUCAUCAAAUUUACAAUUUAGAUCAGUUCCUCAUUCAGUUAAUCCGAACUAUAAUAAUUCUGUCAACUUGAUUUCUGUUUGUGGUAACACAUGUCAAACGUCGUCAUCAUGCAAUACACCUAAUUAUCCAGUACAGUAUGACCAACAUGUGCCUUUUAAAUUUCUUAAUAAUAUUACAAAUACUGUAUCUUCUGAACCGACUACCAGUAUCCAGAACGAGUCUGGUAUAAAUAAUUCCGACGAAUCUAUUAGUGAUAUGCUACAAAACACCAAUCUUAGUAACAAUAGGUCAUUUCAACAUUUUAAUCCUAGUAUGUGUGGAGUUGUUAAACAAUCCUCUAUGCCUCCCACAAUGUCAUGUGGUAUAACACAACCAGCACCUCGCCAGCGUGCAUUUCCCCGCACUAAUCCGACUGUAUCACGUCCCUCUGGAAAUGACAACACGUGUUUUAAAUCUGAUUUUUAUGCGCUACAAAACAAUAAAUUGGUCCAACUAACGAUGUUAUUACACCUAUUACGUACGCCGGUUACCAGGAUUACCAGAUGUUUUGGCAGUAUCCCUGUUGUUUCAAAAACAAUUGAUCGCUUUAAUGGCAUACAUCUAAAUAUUGUCUCCUUCAAAACCAAUGAUACUGGCUACAUCAUUCAGCAUAUCAAUGAUAUAAUUAACAACCCAUCAGGUUUCAAAGCAAUCUGGGUAACUUUGAAGGUCGAACAUUCUGAACUUGUUCCGCUUCUCUGUAAAUCACCCCCCAUUGGUCCGGGCAUGAAAUUUCACCAUGCACGUAAUUCUGAGGCUACUUUGGUCCGAUGGCUAGGUGAAGGUGCAAGCAGACUACCUGAUUAUGCUUCACAUCAAGUGGGAGUAGCUGGUGUACUGAUAAAUUCAGAUUUUUCUGAAAUCUUAAUGGUACGUGAAAAAGUGGGCCCUUCAUUUCGAUGCUGGAAAUUUCCUACUGGCCUUCUAAAUGUAGGUGAAGAUAUUGCGCAGGCAGCAGUUAGAGAAAUGCUAGAAGAAUGCGGAAUUCAUACAAAAUUUUGUGGAGUUAUAGCUUUUCGACAACAGCAUAACUUUCCUGAAGCUUUUGGAAUAUCCGAUUUGCUAUUUACCUGUCGACUUAAACUUUCCGAUGAUAUGCCUGAGCCAGUUAUUAAGAUCUGUACUCAAGAAAUUGCAGAAUGUAAAUGGAUCCCGAUAGCACAACUCUUAUCAGCCAAUAUUCAUACAGGUGUAUCCACACCAGUCAACCAUGAUCAAGACCAAUUAAACAUCACAACAUUUACUCAUAAAAUUGUUCAACUCAUUAUGAUGAAUCAUUCAAAAAGUGGUGAUUAUUUAUCAUCUAAUGAAUUCAUUCCACAUAGAUUAUUAUCUGUUCGAAAUGAUAAAGUGUAUGACCUAUUUCUUCCACGUAACUUUAAUUUGGAUUGA